GAUGUAAAAGAAGAAGCCGAUAUACACCAGACACAAGAUGAAGAAUCACGAAAGAAAAUAUCUAACAACAUCAAGGAAUUCAAAGAUGAAAUACAUGAAAAGUUGAAAGCCGUGGAAAAAGAUCGAGAAGACAAGCAUAUUUCAAUACAGGAGAUGCUAGCAGAUGAAAGAAAGGAACUGGAAGAAAUUCUAGAAAGACAAGAACGUCGAAGUAGUUCGAGCAUGGAAGUCCUGACAAAACGGAUGUUCUUCCAGUUUGAUGCAACACAUCGAUAUAUUGUUCAAAGAGCAAAUGGUAUUACAAGCUAUCUGUCAAUUGUUUCUCAAGGACAGAACAAAUUGAUGAUGUCUAAUUUUAAAGAUGUUCUAUCCAAAGUAUUCGUGACUUAUGAAAGAAUGAAAAGCACAUAUUUGGAAAAGUCAAAAGAACAAACAACAACUUUAUCAUACAGGAUAAAAGAUAAUCUUAUACUCAUGCGCUCGGAAAUGAACUCCAUUUUCAAUUAUAUGUCAUCAGCGAUUGAAGGUACACGCCGAAGCCUGAGAACUGAAUUAACGAGCGAAAUUGUUUCUGGGAACAAAGGAACAGUGGCCUACAUGAGUACUGCCUGGCAUGGUCUCCGCAACAAUUUGAAUACAUUGGGAAUUGUUAAUAAAAAAUAUCACCAAUCUUCAAUAGAAAGGAUGAAAAUCGACGUUAAAAUACUUCAAAGCAAAUUGAAUGCUCAAACUGGUGACGUUGGCGCAAUGAUCAGAGAAAACAGGAGAUUGAUGGAAUAUUUGUUCGAGGAUCAAUCUCGAGUCAAUUAUAAACAUCACGCAGAUCAGAGUACCUUUAUAGAUGCAGGGAUCCAGACUAUAUUCAGAUCGAUUGAAAACUCUGCUGCUGAUGUUAAAAGUGAAGCGAAAAAGGAUGCCAAAGAGGCAAAAGAUGAAGUUUUAGAAAAAAUCGAAGAGCGAACAUACUUUUUAAAAAAGGAACUCAUGGCAUCAAGAACACAAGUUGGUCAAAAGAUUAUUGGUUUAAAUGAAGACCUCACUAAAGUAAUCACUGAUCACAGAACUGCUAUUGAACAAAAAGUGACCAGCCUUACUACGUUAGUCACAAAUGAGGUGGCAAACAUAAAAACAAAAAUUGGAGAUGAAUCAACGAAUAUUCAGGCGGAAACAACAAAAAUUCAGACAACGCAAGGAGAGCAUGAAGUAUAUAUCAAUGCCACAAAAAAAGCAGUAGUGGACGCAGAAGCGACAGUUACCCAGCACAUACUGAGUGUUACUGCGCGUGUAGAAAUUAUUGCCGAUAAUGUGACAGAGAUAAAGAAUAUAACGGAAGACAGAACAGCUGAAAUUCUGACAAAGAUGGGUGAAUUGGAUACGCUAGUCAAAGCCGAAUCAACCGAUAUCCAGGCGGAAACUACAAAGAUUCUGACAGCACAAACGGCACAUAAAAUGGUCAGCGAUGGUUUAACAACUGCAGCAAGUAACCUGAGCACUACACUUGUCACACAUAAAACAGUGAUCGAUGCAAUAAAUGCUGUAACAUCAACAUUGGGCACUACUCUAGGCGGACAUAAAACAGUUAUUGAUACCAUAAACACAAACACAGCUAGUCUUGUAUCAUACACAACUGAUGUAACUGCAGUGAAGAAUCUAAUAACCAACCAUGAUACUAACAUAACAGAAAAAGUUGCCGCCUUGUCAAAACUCGUCACAGAUAAGACAGCUGAGCUUUCGACUGACGUACAGGACGUCAGUUUAAUUGCCCCCUCGAAAUGCGAUGACGUUCGUGCUGAUAAGGAUGUUACAAUUCAAGUAGAUGCUAGGAUAUAUUUUGAUCCUCAUGUAUUGGGAGGCCGUAGUGUCCGCUGCUACCCAGAGAUAUCUCACAAGGGAGACGUCCCGGCAGUGUUCGACGGACCAUUUAUGCUGAUUCAGAGAAAUGUUAAUAUUGGAACAUGGGAUAAAGACCUAUCCGACUAUGAACAAACAUUUGGCGACUUAAUGAGCGAUUAUUGGUUUGGACUAGAAGAUUUACAUACCGUGACUAGUAAAGAAAAAUACAGUUUACUCAUUAUUGCUAUAGAAUCGUCCCCGAUGGCAAAUAAAAUGCAUGCGCUUAGUUUCGGUGAAUUCAAAGUGGGUGCAAAAAGCACAGGUUGGGUGCUGACGUUAGCUGAAAGAAACUACGACAUGAAAUCAGAUCAUCCUGGCGGUGAAAUGUUCAUAGAAAGUUCACACGGCGAAAAAUUUUAUGCACGGGACACGAAAACCGCGGGCAAUUCAAAAUGUUUGGAUCCAAAUAUGGGUGGAUGGUGGAUGAAAGAAAACACGGCGGAAUGCUCCAACACAAAUUUGAAUGGUGUAAUCUCGUUUUCGAGUGGAAGCGAAGCAUAUAAAGAGACACGGAUGUAUAUCAAAACUAAUCCAGCGACCUAGGCUUUUUACUUUGAACAAAAAAAGUCUGUCUUCUGGAUUCAGUUGGAUUCAAAAAACUUCUUUACUUAUAUUUUUUGUUCUCAAAAACGCUAGAAAACAAAUUUUUCAUUGAUGGAUCCAUAUUAACCACUUGUAUUUCAACUCCGUGUGGGUAUCGAUGACUGGUUAAACUACGGAUACUCAAAUACGUUGCAUAGUGCGGGUGAAAGAAGAGACCCAUGCAAAAAGAGUUUUCGUUUUCCCCCUUUUCAAACGCAGUCUAUAAUAAUAGUUAUUUGAAUGUCGAUAGUGUAAAGCUGGCUGACAGAAAAUGGUGUCAGUUACAAUGUCUUAUUAGUGUCGUUGGUAUUGUGUUCGGUGUUUUAAUUUCCCGCUGAAAUAGAAUGACUUUUACUAGUAGAUAAAUGAUUUUAAGCGGGAAUUCCGUCGUAUUUGUUUUUGCUGAGUAAAACAAUUUUUUUGAUGUCAGUUAGGUCUGACUGAAAAAUUAUUUUAAUGCAACAGCUAAUAAAUUAUAUAUUGAUGUAUA